UCUCGAGCUCGAGUCCACAGCAGAGCCAAUCAGUAUUGUCGAAAUCUUCAAUUGAUCCUAAAGCUAAACGUUCAGUCAACACUGUAUCCUGCUUGCUCAAACGCAACUACUACCAAAGGUCAAAACACCCCGGUGGCAGGUCGAGAGGGAAAGAAAAGUGUCGCACAGAUAGCAUUGGCAAUCGAGCCUUGUUAGACUCAGAGCUAGGCAAACAAAGAAAAAAAAAAUUUCUCCUUUGGCCUCUCUCUCUUUUCAAAUUUGAGUCCGCUUCAGAUUUCAGACGUGAAACAUGUGCUUUUUCGACCAGCAUCGGUUCGCCUGUGGUGACUGGAAAUGGGGCCACUUCCGGCAACACUGCAACAGAGAAUACCGGACCGGAGAAACGUGCGGUAUGAAACUGAUCAUGACGACGGUGCCGGUUGGGCAAAAGUGCAAACUUUGCGAAAAGAUCGACACGAAACAACGCCGCCGCACAGCCGAGGUUGAGCGCAUCAAUCGCUGGCGGCGCGAGGGGAGCAAGUUCAGCGCCUCAAUUGAUAGGUCAUACGAGAUCGUACGCUCCCUGGACGCUGAGAUCUAUGAGCUCGGCUGCGAACGGCAAAGGCGACUGCAGUCCAUCUAGGGAAGCAAUAAAACGGCUAUGCCGAGGAAAGGGGGAAAGACUGGGGAAAACGGUUGAAACAAAUCGCGGCAAACUGUCUGACCGCUCUGCUAUGCUGUUUCGUCUCUGGAGCGUCAUGGCCCACUCAACAAUGGGAGAAUUGAGUCCUUAGCGACCCGAAAGCGGAGGGUGCUGGUGGCCAUGGCGGCUGGAGCUGGCGUUCUCUUUGCUGCAGGAAUCUUUUUCAUCAUAGCGUGACAUUCUCUUCCCUCGCUCAAUUCUUCGACUCUCUUCUAUCCUUUUUUUGCUGGGGUCGAAUUUUGUUGUGUCAUUCUUCUCCGUCCUUUCGCUUUUGAUUUUUUUUUUCCUGAAACGCUUUUGGAAGAAAAGGUUCAAUGCUAAGUUUAAUUAUCAAUCAAACCCCACUCGAUUCA